AUGGCACCUCCUCCCCGUUUGCGCAUCCUCUCCGUGGGUGGCAAUGCGAUCUCUGCCUUUCUCUCAUGGCGACUGCAGGCGACCACCUCCUGCGAUGUGACCCUGGUCUGGAAAUCCGGCUUCGACUCAGUGGCCCAAUAUGGUGUUUCAUUCAAAUCCAAAGCCUUCGGCAAUGAACGAUUUAAACCCCGACAUGUUGUUCGUGCUCCGGAAGAAGCCUCGUCUCGCGAAAACGCAUACGACUAUGUCAUCCUCUGUGUAAAAGCCCUGCCCGAUGUCUACGACCUGGCCUCCGUGAUCGAAUCCGUGGUCACCCCUCAACACACCUGUAUCCUCGUCAACACCACCAAUACCCUCGGAAUUGAAGCCCAUCUGGAGCAAAGAUACCCAACCAAUGUCAUUCUCUCACUCGUUUCCAACGUGGAAAUUUCUCAAACCGGCCCCAGCGAAUUCGAGCAUCUAAGCUCGAGCGAAAUCCACGUGGGCGCAACCAACAAAUCUUCCUCCAUCCCUACAUCCAUCCAGAACGACAUGGCAGCGGCGUUAGCAAUGACUCUGAACUCCGGUCAGGUCGAUUGCAAGGUUUCGGAGAAUAUCAGACAGGAGCAGUUUGAGCGAAUGAUUGGCCCCAUUGCAUUCCACCCCGCCAGCGUCGUGUUCGAAGCCUCAAACCACACACAACUCCUAGAAAAGACCGGUGUCCGUCAAUUAGUGACGGGAAUUAUCGACGAGCUGGUGGAACUCGCCACAUCGCUGGGCUGCUCAUUCCCCAGCGAUUUCCGUGAAAAGACCAUCGAAAAAAUGACUGCUUUGGACGCACCCACUACAAUGUACCAGGACUUCCAGGCCCGGCGCCCCAUGGAAGUGGAGACGUUCUUGGGAUCUCCGGUCAAGUUGGCAAUCGAGUCCAACGUUCGCGUUCCCCGAAUCGAGACAAUGUACGCAUUGAUGCACCACGCCAAUAUCGUGAAUCAGAACAAGCCCCGCCAGGAAUCCCCACCUUCCUCUGUGAUCGGCCAACCGCCUCCCCGCAUGUCCUCCGCUCCUUCACAGCGACCUAUGAUGAACGGCGGUCCUCCUGGGCCCCCGGGCCCUCCAUCCAUGCGAGGAGGCCGAACUCCCUCUGGGAUGAGCAUGCCCCCGCCACGACGAGGCCCACCUCCCGGUAUGAUGCCUAGAGGCCCCGGACCGAUGCCGAUGCCCGCCAAUCGGGUCCCGCGCGACACAUCAUUGGAAGGACUCGAGGAAUUCAGCCACAUGGUAGUAUACGAUGGAGAGGGAGAGCCUACUAUGCCUCAGCAGAAUGGCAACGGCCACCCUGAGUCAGGGCCGGGCCCUGCGUCCGACCUGGCCCUCCGCGAGCGAGAGCUAGCCCUUCGUCAACGUGAAUUGCAGCUUCGUGAACAGGAGAUGGGCAUGCGCCGUGGACCCCCUGGACCCCCUGGCCCAGGACGUCGUGGCCCCUUCCGACCCGGUCCAGGCCCAGGUCACGCCUCUGGUCCUUCAUUCGACGAAGAAGACGAGGAUUACUUCGACCCUAUGGAUAGCAUGGCCAUUCCACACAUCGACCCCGACAGUGUUGAUAUGAUGAGCAUGACUUCUCGCCGAGGACGCAAGGGUCCUAGUCAAAGCCAGCUCCGCAAGAACCCCGAAUUCUCAGUGACGGCUCCAGGGCCAGGCGGUAGCCGGCCCCCGUCGUCAGCGUCAGCCUUUGGUCGUUACUUCGGUCGGAAACGUGCGAGCGAUCGCGUGAUGCAAGAAAUCCCCGGUCUCCACGAUUCACUCAUGGAUAACCCGAUGAUGAGCUACUCUUCUAACAGAUAUGGUGCUGUUGACCGAAACCAGAUGGCUGCGGAUUCCCGAGCCAACUCAUUAACGGCAAGCCAUAUGGGGGACUACCCACCUCGACCCUUCCCAACGAGUAGGCGAAACAGCCAAUCCCCCGCGACGCCCUUCGGCGGACCCCAUGGACCUCCUGGCCCCGGUGGCCCCCGCAUGGGUCGCCCUCCCACUGCACAUGAUCAAAACCUUGGACCCCCUGGUGUACCUCACAAUGGGCAGCCUUCGCCGCCCGGAAACAUGCGCACGCCAGUACCGCGGUAUCCUCAAGGACCUGGAAACGCGGUAGGGCCACAGCAAGUUGAGCAACACUAUGGGGUGAGCAAUUUCCCGGCCAAAGGCCCCCCUAGAAAUCAGAAUCUGACCGGUAGUGGGAGCGCCAGCGCGGGGAGCGGUGAUAGUGGAGCCAGUGCCAAUCUUGAUUCCGAACCCUCAUCUCACAGCAGCCAGAUCAGCCUGGGCAACCAAGGAGUCGCGGCCCCCGUUCGCUAA